AUGUCCGCCGAAUACGAGCACAGUGAAAAUGGCCCCGAUGGAAUGGAGCCAGAUGGAGUCAUUGAGGGAAACUGGUCUGAAGUUGUGGAUAAUUUCGAUGAGAUGAACCUUCACGAGAAGCUAUUGAGAGGAAUCUAUGCCUAUGGUUUUGAGAAGCCUUCUGCCAUCCAGCAGAGAGCCAUCCGGCCAUGUAUCCAAGGCUCAGAUGUCAUUGCUCAGGCCCAGUCUGGUACUGGAAAGACGGCCACCUUUGCCAUCUCCAUCCUGCAGAAGCUGGACUUGAGUUUGAAGGCCACACAAGCCCUGGUGCUGGCCCCCACCAGAGAACUGGCUCAGCAGAUCCGCAAAGUGGUGGACGCCCUAGGUGAUUAUUUGGGGGCCACAUGUUACGCCUGCAUCGGAGGAACAAACGUCAGACAAGAGUCUCAGAAGCUGACAGAAGACGUGCCCCACAUAGUGGUGGGCACUCCAGGGCGGGUCUUCGACAUGUUGAACCGGAGCAUACUGAGGUCCAAAUCCAUUAGAAUGUUUGUGCUGGAUGAAGCGGACGAGAUGCUCAGUCGUGGGUUCAAAGACCAAAUUUAUGACAUUUUCCAGAAGCUGCCUGCAAGCACACAAGUGGUGCUGCUGUCCGCCACCAUGCCAACUGACGUCCUGGAGGUUACCAAGAAGUUCAUGCGUGACCCCAUCCGUAUCCUGGUGAAGAAAGAGGAGCUGACCCUGGAGGGAAUCCGUCAGUUCUACAUAAACGUGGAGAAGGAGGAUUGGAAGCUGGAGACUCUGUGCGACCUGUACGAGACCCUGACCAUCACACAGGCCGUCAUCUUCCUCAACACACGCCGGAAAGUGGACUGGCUCACUGAGAAGAUGAGCUCCAGGGACUUCACCGUGUCUGCUCUGCACGGAGACAUGGAGCAGAAGGACCGUGAGGUGAUCAUGAAGGAGUUCCGCUCCGGCAGCAGCAGAGUGCUCAUCACCACCGACAUCCUGGCCCGAGGCAUCGACGUCCAGCAGGUGUCACUGGUCAUCAACUAUGACCUGCCCACCAACCGGGAGAACUAUAUCCACAGGAUCGGGCGCGGUGGUCGUUUUGGCCGUAAAGGCGUGGCCAUUAACAUGGUGACUGAGGACGACAAGCGCACACUGAGAGACAUCGAGUCCUUCUACAACACCACCAUCGAGGAGAUGCCUAACAACGUGGCCGACCUGAUCUGA